AUGGCAUCAAUCUCGCUCCAGCCUUGCCGCGAUAAAUCGUCCUCAACUCCAGCAUUCAGCCCUCGUCAAAUGUCUUGCCCAAACCCCCUCCGAUUUCCUAUGGAGAUAAGACAAAUGAUUUAUAUGGAACUCCUCGUUGCCUCAGAGCCCGUCUCAUUUGCGACAGACCCUAUUCCAAAUGAAAUUCAGGAUCUCUUAAAUAGAGGUCUACCACUGCCAGAUAUACCACAGCAACUCCACCUUUACGGGACCUACGGUCUCUGUCCUGCACUUCUACAAGCCAACAAGCAAGUACACGACGAGGCUCAUCUGCUCUUAUACACCGGGAAUCGCUUUGAUUUCACCAACAAUGAUUUCAAACCCUCCUUGCCCACAAACCACGCAGUUCUUUCCCUAUUUCUCGACGGAAUCGGGGAUCAUAAUGCAGGCCUUCUUCGCUACAUCCAUAUCGACUUUCCUUCUUUGGAGCACUCAUACAGGCUAAUGGGGCACAAAUACAUGCCAGUGUAUGAUUUACCCAGCCCUUGGAUGAUCAGAUACGAAUGUAUUGAGCUUAUCAAACAAAUAAGAGAGAGAUGCACACAAGUUACAGUGGUCAAGAUGUUAGUUCAGAAUUAUCAUGAAUGCGGAGACAUAGCUACUUCAUCUGAGAGAUCACACGCUGCAGAAAAUAUCUUGAAUUGGACAAACGAGCAACUUCAAGCUGUUCCGCAACUCAAGAAGAUCAUUGUAGAUUUUCGCACAUGGGAGGUCAGAUCAGAAACUGAGGUUCAAAAGAAAAAGUUGAGCGACUAUGGAUGGAAAGUCCAGAUGACAGAGCUUAAGAAAUCUUGGAAUAACGACAAUAAUGUUUAUGGCAGCUGGUUCGAUGAGAGGAAAUAUUUUGAUCAUUCGAGCCAGUUAUGGAAGGGAAGAUUUUAUUAUCAGAAACGUCUGGCUGGCAAGUUUCUCUUUUCAUGCUUUUAUGCCGAGGGGUGA